GGACCUCUCGAUCGCUAAAUGAUAUCAAUCUCAAUGCUUUUUAUUGUGUUCGAGUUUGAGUUUAUGUAUCCUACGUUCCGAUACUCUUACGAGAAGCGUAUUUGCAGAAUCAAUCUUAGCAUAGGGCUUCCUAUGACUCUGAUCACAUCCUGUGGUUGAGAGAGGAGUCUCCUUCAAUUGAUUAUGGUCGAAUUUUGAGGAGAUGAGAACGAAUUAGGGAAUUUGACCUUUUGGGUGUAAGGUUUAAUGGGCAUUGAAGGUGUGCCCACAUUUUCAAAAUCUGGAAACAUGGAUAUGAUUUCAACUCCGCCAGGUUUUGUAUCUAAAACAUCCUUUGUGCUGAGGAAUGUACGCAGAGAUGAAGAAAGUUCCAGGUCAGUGUCGAGACUAGAGCAGACAACUGUUUCCGGCGCAAAUGAUGCAAACAGUUUCAAUAUGUUUCUUACAAACCGACCGUGGAUCGUGCAUGAUCACACAGUUCCCAGCUCAGAGGCUUCAAGGCCAAAAAAAUCCGAGAUUCGGACAAGAAGACGACUCAAAGUUUCAGAGACUGAAGUCCUUCAGGAAGCUCCUGUGUUUAACCCAACCGAGGAGGAAUUCAGUGACACACUCUCAUACAUAGCAAGCUUGCGCGACAGAGCUGAGCCUUAUGGAAUCUGUUGUGUUGUUCCUCCUCCUUCGUGGAAACCUCCAUGUCUUCUCAAGGAGAUGAAAAUAUGGGAUGAUUCUACAUUUGUCCCUCAAGUUCAGCUCUUUGAUGGAAUUCAUACCGAGAACCCAAAGAUUAAAAAGGAGCCUGAUGUGGAUAGUGAUGAUGCUGCAUCUGAGGAGGUCAAGUUUUGUAGGAUAGAACGCGGUCCUAGGCAUACUUUAAAGAGCUUUAAAGACUUUGCAGAUUCAUACAAGAAGAGUCAUUUUAACAUGAAGGAUGAGGUUUUGGGUUCCAAGAACCCAUCUCCAUCAUCAAAACUAGAGGAGCUAACUGUGGCAGACAUUGAAAAAGAGUAUAGACAACUUUUUGAGAGUCCACUUGUUGAGAUUGGGGUGCUUUAUGGCAAUGAGCUAGACACCAUGACGUUUGGCAGUGGAUUUCCCUUAUCUGAACCUUCUGAAUCUUGCAAGUAUAGAACAUCAGGCUGGAAUCUGAACAAUAUGCCUAAGCUUCCUGGUUCUCUUCUAUCAUUGGAAGACUGCAAAUCAGUUUGUGUACCUCGCCUAAGUGUGGGAAUGUGCUUGUCUUCCCAGUUCUGGAAAACUGAAAAGGAGAGACUCUACUCUCUCUGCUAUUUGCAUGUGGGCGCUCCUAGAGUGUGGUAUUCUGUAGCGGGAUGUCAUCGAUCUAAGUUUAAGACUACCAUGAAGAGCUUAGUCCCUGAGAUGUCAGGAGAACAGCCAAAGAAGAGUCUUGAUCCUGUGAUGAUAAUGUCUCCAUAUCGUGUGAGCAUGGAGGGUAUACCAGUGACCCGCUGUGUCCAGAACCCUGGCCAGUAUGUUAUUUUAUUUCCAGGGUCGUAUUACUCUGCGUUUGAUUGUGGCUUCAACUGUUUGGAGAAAGCAAAUUUUGCUCCCGUGGAUUGGUUGCCCCAUGGGAAUGUUGCUGUUCAGCUGAAUCAAGAGCAGAGUAAAAAGUCGUUAAUAUCAUAUGAUAAACUAUUAUUUAGUGGUUCAGGGGAAGCUGUGAAAUGCCUUAAGGAAUAUGCUUUGUCUACGAAAAACCGAGCAUGUUAUAUGAGGUGGAAUAAUUCAUGUGGGACGGAGGGGAUAUUCUCCAACAUUGUCAAGUCACGGAUCAAGCAGGAGCAAACUAGACGUGAAUUCCUUGGGAGUUCUCUAGAAUCGCAAAGAAUGGACAAUAGUUAUGAUGCUGUGAGCAAAAGGGAAUGCUGUGUAUGUCUUGGGGAUUUAUAUCUUUCCGCUGUGAAAUGUGCAUGCUCUGCUGAUCGUUACUCGUGUCUGAGCCACAUGAGGAAGCUCUGUGCCUGUCCAUGUGACAGAAAGAGUUUUCUCUAUAGGUACACUAUUGAUGAGUUGAAUAUUCUCAUAGAGGCGCUGGAAAGUAAAAAGCUCAGCUCCAUGUUCAGAUGGACAUCCAUCGAACAAAAAUACUGUGGUUAUCGGGCCACCACAAGUUCACAAGCCGAAGAAGUAAAAGGCAUGGAAACAGAUGAGGCUACACCCUGUAACAUCACGAGGGCGAAAGAUGCCGCAGCUGGAACUGAGGAGCAGACGAUAGCAAAGGCGAGAUCUAUGUCCGAGAUACUGAAGGUUAAUGCCGGAAGCAAUGAUGCAACAGAGCCUUUGAGAUCUUGUUCAAAGAAAUCAAACAGGCCAUGCGAUAAAGAUUCCUCUGAGGUCGUCGACACAGCAAAGAAACAGAAGCAGGGAUGAAUAAUAUCAAGAACCUUUUUUUUUUUUUUUGUUAUGUUAGUUAGUCCACAAUUCGUGUAAGACAGUAGUAGUAAGACACUUUUAUGCUUCACAGUACAAAUUUUGUUUUGGGUCUCACUAAUUGUGUUUUUUUUUUAUAACAAUUAAAAGGAAAAUGUACAGCCGUUGGAUUUAAUAAGUUGUGUGAUCGAGAUUGGUUUGACA